AUGCAUCCAACUGUACGAAGUCGUCCUUCUCCUUCACGCGGAGAGUAUUUCCCUGACACUCGCAUUUUCUUUCUUUCACUCUCUGAAGUCUCAAUAAAUUCACAGAUACAGAGUGAGGAAGAGACUGUGUGUGGGAAUUGUUCUGUGAUUGUGAGUGGAUUAAGAAGAAGGUGGACCAAAAUGUACAAGGCGAAGCUGCAGGAGCUCUGCCACCAGAAACGGUGGGGCUUGCCCAGGUACACCGCCAUGAAAGACGGUCCUGAUCACAUCCCAAGCUUCAAAGCUUCAGUCUCUGUCAAUGGCCUCACCUUUGACUCUCCCGGACCCUGUUCUUCUUCCAAACUUGCCCAAAACAAAGCCGCCAUGCUCGCUUUCCUCCAUUUCACUUCUUUUGAUCCUACAGAUUCUAAUCAACUGAGUAAAACCCAGUUGCAGAAGUAUGAUCAAAGGAAAAGUUUUGAUUCGGCCGCUUUUACUAUUGAACGUGGAGGCCUCCCUCAGGUUCCUUGCAUGAAGGUUCCAAGCUCAGUUGAUGGCCAAUGUUCUGAGAGGCCAGCAACUUUCAGCACUUCGCAGGAGGCAGAGCAGGCUGCUGCGAAGGUUGCUUCGAUGUCACUGUCACUUGACAGCUCCAAGAAGCUAAGAAUGCUUGGUGACUCUGCUCUCUACAAGAAUUUACUGCAGGAGUUAGCUCAGAGGGAAGGCUUUUGCAAACCAACGUAUAAAACCAUGAGAUCUGGCACAGUUCACAUGCCAACUUUCUUUUCUAUUGUGGAGGUAGAAGGAAAGGAAUUUCAUGGGGAGCCAAUGAAAUCCAAGAGACAGGCAGAACAGGACGCAGCGAAGGUUGCUUUCAUUGCUCUGAAAGAGUCGGAUAAGGCUCAAGAGAAGGACAUGGAUAUGGUGGAUGAGAUUGAGAUGCUACCCAAUAUUGUUAAAGUCGACAAUGAGAUUUCCAGCCCAUCAUCUCUACAGCAUUCUGAGGGAGACAUGAUGAAGACCAUAAAGAGCUUACAAUCUUCUGAAGUAGUGCAUGAAUCCUCAGCCAAAGAGUGUCCUUCUUCCCCAGAAUCCUCACGGCUUGACCUCUCUGCCCAUUCAGUUUCAGAGCUGAACAAGGCAAAGACUCCUGAGGCAAGCAGUUAUCUGCUUCAUGACAGAAUCAGGGUUUAUACAAGCUUCCCAGAUCAUUCAUUCCCUGAGGGAAUAACUGUUCUGCCUAUUAGGGAGAACAGGUGGGUUGCAGUGAGUCUGGAAUUCCCAAAUGAGAAACAUAACUGA